CUGUUCUUUUUUUCUUUUUCUUUUUUUUUCGGGUGCGGCGAACCAAACUUAUAACCAACAGUUCAAAGCUAAACACUUCUGCUGCCUUACGAACUGGGUUGUCUAUACCGGAGCCGAUGAGCCUGAGUCUCUUGGGUCCUUACCGUAUCUCGACACUUCGUUUGGCCUUUUUCGAAUCUAUACGGACCAAUGCCCUGACAUUCCGAAGACUUGAAAACCCCCAGCUUGCCCCCGGCAUCCCACUUUCUAUACGAUAUUGCUUCUCACGAUCUUCAAUCAUGGAAACAGAACCAAAGUCUAGUAUUCUAAAUCAACUCAUUCAGUAUGACGGCAAGGAAUACCACGCGGUGAAAGAAGGGAAUGCGUUCAUCCUGAACCCACCUUCCCAAGCUGCAGCCUCCACAGGAACAAGAAGAGAUCUCAAGGCAGAGGACGAGGCUCAGUCCGUAUUCUACAAUCCUAUCCAGCAAUUCAAUCGCGACCUGAGUGUACUUGCAAUCAAAGCCUAUGGGGAACAUGUGCUGGCUUCAAAAAAGCAGAGAGCCGAAAGGAGGCAGAAAAGAGGUGCAGCGGAUGGGAAAUCAAAAGGCAAGAAACGGAAGAGGGAGGAUGGUGAUGAAGAGGAACCAAACGGUAGAGGAAGCAAUUUUGACAAUCAGACAGGAAGAAGUGAUCAUCUAGCCUCAGAGUCGCACACUGGAGAAAAUACCACGCCAGCAUUUACAAUUCUAGAUGCUCUGUCUGCUACUGGUUUGCGUGCACUACGAUAUGCAUCAGAGAUUCCAUUUGCUACUUGCAUUGUUGCGAAUGAUCUUUCGCCGUCUGCCAUCAAAUCAAUGAAGUUGAACAUCGAAUACAACAGACUUGGGAAGCUCAUUCAACCUAACACCGGCGAUGCGCGGACUUACAUGUACAGCACUCUUAACCCGGCCAACACUCAGACUAGUGGACUGCACACUGGGAAGUUUGAUGUUAUUGAUCUGGAUCCUUAUGGGUCGGCUGCACCGUUUAUGGAAUCUGCUGUGCAGGCUGUCAAGGAUGGGGGUUUGCUUUGCGUGACCUGCACCGAUGCCGGGGUUUGGGCAUCCAACGGAUACCCGGAAAAAUCAUAUGCAUUGUACGGUGGCGUACCAACGAAAGGUACACACUCCCAUGAAGGUGGGCUACGCCUAAUCCUUCACGCACUCGCGGGGUCAGCUGCCAAGUACGGGCUGGCCAUAGAGCCACUUCUAUCUCUGUCAAUCGAUUUUUACGCCCGAGUCUUUGUCCGCGUUCAUCGGUCUCCAGCAGACGUUAAGUUUGCGUCGGGUAAUACAAUGGUUGUUUACAACUGUGAUUCAGGCUGCGGAGCUUGGUCAACACAGCCUUUGACCCAGACGAAGCCACGACUUGAUAAAAACGGGAACCCUUUCUACCAUCACGGAUUCGCCCAGGGACCCAUGGCAAAUACGAACUGUGCGCACUGUGGGAUGAAGACUCACAUAGGCGGCCCAAUGUGGGCCGGGCCGCUACAUAACCCUCACUUCAUCCGAAGGAUUCUUGCUAUGCUUCCUGAGGUGGAUAGAAGCAUAUAUCAAACGGUAGACAGAAUCGAAGGCAUGUUAACUACAGCACUUGAAGAGGACCUGAUUCCCAACGACCCUAUACAGGGUGCCAGUUCAGAAACUACUCUUUCCAAAAUCAAGGAUGCUGAACUAAACGAAGAUCCAGCCAUAAUCCCGCGGAUGGACCCGGCACUUCGAGAGCCGUACCCAUUCUAUUUCAGUUUGAGUGCUCUGUCAAAAGUCCUUCAUACAUCCACCAUCUCUUCCGAUGCUUUUCGUGGAGCUGUGCGACACCUGGGUUACCAAUGUACCCGUAGUCACACCAAACCGAACAGUAUCCGCACAGAUGCACCUUGGGACGUGAUUUGGGAGAUCAUGAGAGAAUGGGUGAGGCAAAAAUCUCCUAUCAAAGAAAAUGCUCUUAAGCCUAGCACUGCCGGUGCUGCUAUCAUGGCGAAAAGCCGGGAAAACAUUCAGAAGCUGAAGGAGGGCGAGAAAAAUCUAAAUUUGCUGAAGCAAGAGAUCGUGUCUGCUGCCGAAAACGGGAAGGAUAUCUCCGACGUAGUGACAAAAGUCGAAGCCGCGCUGUACCGUUCCGGCUUCUGGCAGGCGUUGAACCAAAGCGAGUCAGAUUCUCGACCUGCUAAUAUGCAAAAGGAGCCGCAGAGUUCCAACCAAGUCCAUGGAACACUUACAAACAAAUCUAAUACCAGCACGCUGGAUGUUGUUUUCGACGAGUCUCUAGGUAGAGAAGUGGUCAAAAAACGACUCGUCAGAUAUCAACUCAACCCUCGCGCUAACUGGGGUCCAUUAAAUCGAGCGUCUGGGCGCAGACAAGGCUGAGAAUCCAUAUUGUCUCGUAUUCGACGGUGUGGCUUGUUUAGUAGCGAAUUUAUAUUGAAUAGAACAACUUGUCGCAAUGCGUAUCGGAGUUACUCGAUUAAGCUACCUUAGAUAUAUAUAUAAUUUACAUGAGACAGGAGAAGAAUGGGGGGUUAAGCUG